AUGAGCAAUUCUGAGAAUGAUCUAUCUCAACUGGCAUCUGAAAGUGUUCCUCCUAUUACUAGUGAUGUUGAUGCUUAUGAAAUGAACAAAGAUGGCAAAAGAAAACUGACGUCAUUUGUUUGGAAUCACUUCAAAAGAAAAACAAUUAAUGGAGAGGAAAAAGUUGUGUGUAAUUAUUGCAAUAAAGCUUUGACGGAUAUAAGACAAUCAAUCUUGGUGAGAGAACAUAAAAAGGUAGACGGGUCAUCUAGUUAUCUGAGUAACUACCAUUUUGAUCCUGAGAAAUCAAGAAAUGACCUUGUUUCUAUGAUAAUAAUUCAUGAAUAUCCACUUUCAAUAGUUGAUCAUUUGGGUUUUAAAGUAUAUUCAGAAGGUCUUCAAUCUUUGUUCAAAGUUCCUAGUCGAAACACGGUUAAAAGUGAUAUUAUCAAAAUAUAUGAAAAUGAAAAUUUGAAAACUAUGAGACUUUUAGACAAGAUUGAGAGUAAAAUUGCUUUAACGUCAGAUAUAUGGACUGCUAGCAACCAAAAGAAAGGGUAUAUGAUGAUUACAGCUCACUACGUUGAUGAUGACUGGGAUAUGUAA